AGCACGAUAUAGUGAAUACACUUUAGCAGUUUGGACUCAGUUGCAACUCGGUGCUCGUUGUUCCUGUUACUCGAUCGGCGGCUACUCUUUACGCGACCAAUCCCGCUCAGUUUAGCCUGAGUCCCCUCCGAGGGCGGAGCGCCGGCAGGAAGCCGGCAGCCAGUUGCAACAACAAGCAACUGCCUGUCCUAAGUAAAACACAGUGUGGCAAGCGUCCUCCUACCAGCACAGCCCUAUACCACAGUAAAUUUCCGCUGUGCCCCGCUAGCAGAGCUGGUGUAGUUUUCUCAAGCAAGCCGUUCGCGAACGACACCAGCAAUAUACAGUAAUAAUGGAACAGAUAAACAAAUAGGAACAUUACUUGACACCUCAAUAAGACUAAUACAAUCGCAAUCAUCCAGGAACGUGUGUAAUUUUUUGACAUAUAGUUGGUAGACGGGAGUGAGUAGAUCAACUAGUCCCUGACUAUACUCUAGCCGCUCACCAUCUUCAUCUGCCGACCGAUUUCACCUGGUGAUAACUGGUUACCUAAUAUUAUUAUGUGAAUGUGUGUAUAUGCUUCGUCGUCAACGUUUCGACGUCCGCCGUUUACUUAUAAAUUAUCACUGUAUGAAUUUACAAUAAUUGUGUACAGCAGUCGUCAUCGCCAACCGUAUCAGCGUGUGUCAUCGUAAAAGUCAUAAGAAGAAACAGAUACGAACAGCGGGCAAAGACGAUGUAUCGUGACAAAAUGCCCUCUGUGUUCCUCAUUCAUCACUGAAUAUCUAUCGGUGCCCAGCAUCCGCGAAUCUUCUGAAGGAAUUUGUCAAAUCAGAAACUCGACCGCAAGCUUGCAAUUGGGUGCCUCGCUAUAGAUUUUCGUCGGUGCGUGAGAAUCGCAAGAGUUGAUCGGACUGAAUUCACGUGAAGCCGUCCCUAGUUAACCCCGACGGACAUAAUGACCGCGGUAGCACAGCGUGUUGUGUCAUUCGCUAUCGCUAACAAGACAAUACCAUUUGGAUUGAUGCCAACAAAUCAAGCGGACCCGAAUGUGCGAACUCUCAUUCAAGCAGUUGCCGGACGCGCUAUCGGUGGACAGCAGAUCGUACAAUUUGACACCGCCGGAGACUGCUGCGUGCCGACCGGCUGUAAGGCGCCGCUGUCUACCGAUGACCUGUCGAACGCCGUACGAGUUGUCUGCACCAACACGGACUGUCGUGCUGAGUACAUGCACCGCGAGUGCUUCGAACAAUGGCAGAGCUCGCUGCUCGGAUGCCUGCCGAAAACUGCGGGAGGCCGAAACUGGACAGAGAAGCAGAGACUUCAAUAUAUCUGGUCGAAAAAAGCGUCGAAUUAUAUUGUUAAGGCGUGCGCGUGCAAAUGCAACAAGGGCCAACUCCGUAAGGAUCUCGACUGGAUUCCGCCGGUAGCCGAUGAAAAAAAGAAGCGUGGCCGUAAAAAGAAGCAGAACGAAAAGACCGUUUUAGGAUCGUCGCAAGGAAUCGUGGCCACGACGAGGGUUUCGGCCGCCGCGUACGGCGGCCAACUUGUUCAGGUUGGCCAACAGCAGCAGCAGCAGUACUCGAAUCGUCAUCAAAACAAUCAUCACCACCAACAACUCCAGCAUCAACAAUUAAUCAACCAGGACCGAAUGCGCAGUUCCUCAAUCUCGUCCACAGGCUCGACGGGCUGUUCACCACCGAUGACGCCUGACCAAUUUGCAUCGCCCAUCCCGCGAUCGCCAGUCAACCCGUUCUUUAAUUCGUCUCGCUCAGGUAACUACGAAAAACUGAACCCCCAUAGCCAGCAGGAAGUGCAACUAUUCUCCAGACGUCAAGAUUACUCGGCAUUCAACUGUCUGCCCCGAACCAAGAUUAAUUCGUAUAUGAUUAAGGUAGAGGAUGACGAUCGAAGCGAUGACAUUCGCACGUACAUUCUGACAACGCUAGCACAGCAACGUACCACACGGUUACCUUGCUGUUUAUGCCAUUCUUCGCUCGAGAUCUACGAUCAGUUUCCGAUCGUUGAUGGCCUGAUGUUCUUAUCACCCCGACAACACUCGCCAGGCUCGGUGUCGAUGGCUGCAGGCCGACGCGACAUGAACGGUAUCUCGCAAACGCAGUACCUAAACGCCGUUUGCAUGACAUGCCUAGACGGCGACUGGCAAACGCUACGAUGUGUGUCCUGCCACCAGAAGUGGGCCGGCUCCCCACACAUCAUCGGCGGCCUGUAUUGUUACGAUGUCUUUGCGGCUCAACCUUGUUGUGAAGACCGCCUACGAUGCAAUCGCUGCGAGCAAAUCAUUAUGACUUUAAGCGAUCCUGAGAAGAAGUACUUCUUUAGCGAUUACUCGCACAACGUCGCCUGUCCCAAUUGUAGGUUAGUCGACUUUCAUUUCGUCAAACCUCUUAACAUUAUGUACAACUUCAACUAGAGCUCAUGUUAAAAUUUUAGUUCACAUUGAUAAUGAUUUUAUUAUUGCCAUCUUUACUAGAAUAUAACACGCAAAAGGAACAGCCAUGAUAGUGACCCCGUUAAAUUGUCAUUCAGUAUGGUGAAAAUAGACGAGACAGAAAAACGCGAUAAUAACAAUAGCGUUGAUAAGAGCAGCGUCGUGGAGGAUGUCCAAGCCGACGCGGUCAAUGUUAGUCGCUAAAAAUUGCACCUACUAUUGACGGUAAUAGACAACUAAAUGAUGGCAUAUACUAUCACGCCCGAUAUAAGGAUUAUACAUAAAGCGAUAUAGGAUCUUCACUUGAAACAUGUCACGCCUUGAGGCGAUUGUGGCAUGGGUGCGCUGACCCAACAAUAGUAUAUACAUAAAUAUAUAUUAGUUACUCCGGUGCCCCGGCGCAGUAUACGGGCGCUUGGUCGGACCAUAAGCUGAGCAAACAGAACAAGCCAAACCAAUAGACCUAUAGAAAGGCCGAAGAAAAACGAUAAGGGCUGAUGUUUUGUCGCAUAUUUAUAGCGUCACUUGCGUAUGAUUGCCUGAAGCAGAUGGCGUCGAUAACGGAAAAAUGAAAUCUCUCUCUAGCCUAUGGCGUUCGUUGGCCAGCGUAGUUGACACUUAAAUGAUCAAAAAGGCGCUCUAUGCGAACUCUACGAAAACGCUGAGAGCGGCACCGAACUCGAAGUAUAUGAUGAAGUCAUGCGUUUCGAUAGUUGAACCAGGGCCUAAACACCCCCGUUCAGGGUGAGGCCACAAGAACGUACAUCACGGAACCUAGAACCACACACACACACACACACAAAGACGCGCAUAGCCACACGGUAUGUCUUCGCGGCGAUUCUGCCUCGUCACGAAGCUACGACGACACUCGAAGAUUAUCUAUACCAACAAACAUGAUUAAUGAAUAAAAUGCAAGGAAAACAUUA